CUCCGGGCACCGCCUCCGCUCUUUGCUCCCGCCGCUGGCGCGCGAUGGAGACCGGGAGCUGGUUGCUCGGCAGCGAGUUCGAGGAUUCGGUGUUUGAAGAGGGGCGGGAGCGGCGGUCCGGACCGCCCGCGUCCUACCGCGCCAAGUUCUGCGAGCCGCAGUGGUUUUGCGAGGAAGCGGAGAGCAGUGACGACGCUGAAGCUCUAACUAUCAAGAAAUUCAGAGGGGACCUGGCCUACAGACGGCAGGACUACCAGAAAGCCCUGCAGGAAUAUUCCAGUAUCUCUGAAAACCUGCCACCGACGAAUUUUGCCAUGAAAAGGGACGUGCAGGAAGGCCGGGCCCGGUGUCUGGUGCGCCUGGGGAGGCACGCGGAGGCCCUGGAGAUCGCUGCGGACUUGGAGACCAGAGCGACCAACACCGACCACUUAACCACCGCGCUCCUCCUGCAGCUCGCCGUCCGGGCGGGUGGGCCGGGCUCGUGGGCCGCCGUCUUCUGCCUGCAGAAGCUGAUUUCUCUGCACCCUUUCAAUCCUUGGACCUGGGGCAGGCUGGCCGAGGCGUACCUGAGUCUGGAGCCAGACCUCUCGGCGUCACCUGCGUCAUCAUACACACAGAACAGCCACACCUCAAGUGACGAAACGACCAACUCCUCCUCCCCACACUCAGGAAAAGACUGUCUUUUGUGUUGCCCUGAGACGUUGCCUGAGAGCCCUGUGUUUUCCAUGGAAACGAGCAGCCGGAAUAAGCAGGGGAAUGAGAACGCUCUUCCUAGUGUUCAGGACGCUGCAGCCGCAAAGAGGGAAGCAGCGUUGCUAGAGACUCGGGUGAAAGCGUGUGCCUCUCUCAUACGAACCAGGCUUUUGCUUCAGCUCUCCCAGUCUCAGCAAACAUCCUUCGCUCUGGAGAGGAACCUGAGGACCCAGGAGGACAUUGAAGAUAAAAUGAAAGGGUUCAGCUUCCACGAAGACACUUUGCUGCUGAUAACGGAGGUUAUGGGAGAAGACAUCGUCCCAGAAAAAAUAAAGGAGGAAGUUCACAGCGAGGUGAAGUGCGUGGGCUCUGCAGCCCUGAGCGCUGUGGUGUUGAUUGCAUCUUCGAAAGAAUUUGAAGACAAGUGGUUCGGGAGGAUCAAAGACCACCUCUGUUCCUCGGAACGUCAGCUCCACGCACAGAUGCCAAUCUCCGCUCCGUAGCCCCCCGGAAAACAGGACAUCCAGCACGGCUCCCUGUCCUUGUGGACCUCAGAGAGAAUCCGCUAAUCAUGGCUAAUCAUGGAAUAUAGUGGACUGAACACGAUUAUUUAUAAAAAUGGCUUA